AUGGACAAGGAUUUGCUGAUGGAUUUUUGGGAAUUUGGUUGUAUUGAUGAAAACAAUACAUUAACAAUUCCAAAUAUUGUUUUUGGUCAAGCAACAACAAUAGACAAACAUGCGGGCAAUGAACCGAUUGAUGGAACUUUGGGAUUAGCAUUUCAGUCAAUUGCUAUUAAUGGGGUAGAGCCUCCUUUAACUGCUGCUAUUAGAUUGGGUUUAUUAGCUAAUGCAAUAUUUACUGUUUAUUUGGCAACAUUGGGAAGUAGCCAAAAGAAAUUAAUUAAAGGUGGAGGGCAAUUUACAUAUGGAGGAUUAGACAAUAAGAAUUGCGGCAAAGUAAUUGGAUGGGCGCCACUUAUAAAUCGUUCUUAUUUCAUUUUUGAACUUGAAGUAUGUAGUUAA